AUGACUUGUUUUGUUUAUUGUAUUUUUUCAUUGUGUGUAUUUGGAAUCACAGAAGCAAAGGACUUCGUCACUGCAAGUUUUUCUAUACCAAAUGUUACGACAGUUGCUUUGAUCUUUAUGAAAACUUUCAUAACUUAUUACCACAAGGAAAAAAUUUGGGGUAUUUGCCAAGAGUUGAAAGCCAUAUUUACAAGACAUGAAGAAAGUCAGAUAAAGAAAAACUUGAUUCAAGCAUAUUUCAGUGAAUAUAUCCUAGAAAUUAGAAUUUAUGGAUGCAUUUGCGUUUUUGUUUUCGUGCCAAUUGCUUUUCCGAUCUAUAAGUACAUUGCUUAUGGUACAAUGGAGUUUACAGUUGAUUAUUGGUUUCCCUUUGACGAAUAUAAUCCUCGAUUAUAUCCCAUUGCUUUAUUAUUUAUCGUGUUCGUCUGCUAUCACUUUCUUACUUAUCUUUUAGCAACAGACGCAAUACUUUUUGUAAUUAUGAAAAUAUUGGCAAUGGAAUUUCAUAUUCUCAGAAUUGAUUUUGAGAAUUUAAAACUUAUCAAAAGUGAUGAGUUGAAAAAUAAGCUCGAAAGCUUAAUCAAUCAUCAUCAAAAGCUUUUGGACUGUGGUGACGAUUUGCAAGACAUUUAUGAAUUGAUGUUCUUUUAUAACUUUGGAAUCAGUGCUUUGAUAUUAUGUGUUCUCGCAUUUCAACUUUUAUUCGCAAAUGAUGCCAACGCGUACACAUUUGUCAUAUCAUACUUCUUACUGAUUGCCGGCCAGGCUUUCAUUCUUUGCUUGAAUGGGCAAAAAGUGGCUGACAACAGCAUGAAAGUUGCUGAGGGAGCUUAUUUCAACGGAUGGGAAGAUUUUCAUUGUAACAAAAUAAUGAAACAGAAUUUUUUCAUCAUAUUGAGAUCACAACGAGCUAAACAAUUGACUGCUAUGGGAUUUGCUGAUAUUUCUCUCUCAAGCUUUGCUCAGAUUAUAACAACUACCUGGUCUUACUUCAGUCUUUUAAAACGAGUAUCAUCUUAUGACGAUUGA